AUGAAGGCCUUCCUUCAAGAUUAUUGCGUUGCCUCUUUGGAUCAUUCCGUGUCUCGUGGGUAUCUGGAUGGACUUGAGCACAUGCUCGCCCGCUUAAAUCCGUCAUCCGAUCUCGUACAAGCCGUCAAAGUUGUUGCCCUUGCCGGCUUUGCCCACAAGCAUGAGCGACCGGAUAUUUUGGACCUGUCAAAAAUGCUAAUUGUUGAUAACAGCCGUUCUGCUUGGACUGCUCAUCAUGCAAGAAAAUCUCCGCUACGGAAGGAGAACGGGACUCAUUCCAGAGGUGUCUCAGCCAUCCUCUCGACAGACCGUUCGCCUUUUGAUAUUCUUACCGGGGCACAAGUAUUCCAACUAGGAAAUCCACUCCACCUGAAUCCCGCCCAAUUACAGGAUUCACGCCACUUUGGUAUUUUGUGUGCUCCUUCAUCCGGCGCAACGGUCCAGACUCUUGACUCCCUCCUUGUCAAAUCAAGACCAAUUUUCCAAAUGGCGGAGGAGCUUCUUUCCAAUUCAAGAGAAAUAUCUGCUGACGAAUUGAGCCAAUUCAGAGCGGACGUGAUGCUUUUGAUGCGCCAAUUUGCCGAAUGGCCGGCAAAUCAACCGGAAAAGUGGUCUCCCACGACGGUUGGGUUCGUCCACCAGAGCCAUGAAGAACUGCAGGGGACGAUAUAUUGGCCUGGGCAGGUCCAUGCAUAUUUUGACCUCUACGUUUCUGGCGUAUGGAAUGCUUACCGUAAAGCUCGCCUCUUGUUCCUCGACCGUGUCGUCCGGUGUAUGAUACGUCUGGGAUUUGGAGAGGAACAAUGGCUCUGGGGUCGUUUCCAUUCUGAAGUGCGGGAACUGGCCGUUGAUGUGGCCGCUUCGGUUCCCUUUCAUUUAACCGCCACUGCUGAAAAACCUCUCCAGAUCCCACAUACUGCGACGGCGACUGCUGCCACAGCCGGCAUAUCAGUCGGUGGACUCCUCCUCCCACAUCCGCUGUGCGUUGCUUCGACACUUUCGAUAGUUCCUCCCGAGUUAAGGAUCUAUUUCAAAGGAUGUCUCGUCUGGAUCGGCCAACACAUGGGCAUUGGGCAGGCCGCUCUGCUCGCCAAGGAUCCGAAGAGCGUGCCAUAUAGCUUUAUCAAAGAUGGGCAUGUUCUUGUUUGGGCUGGGAUGCUGAUUCAACCCCAGGCCAGUUGA